GUGGACACUGGCCUCCUCUCCUCCUACGACAAAAGUAGCUAAUUUGGUUGGGUAACUCGGGGUCCCGUCAUGACGUUAUCGAGAUAGACUAACCUUUAUAGCUAUGUGUGUUAGCCGUGCGUUCGCUACUUUCUUCGUUAAUGAUCACUUUUACAAUUGCUAACUAGCUAUGAUAGCUAUGCUAACGUUAGCUAGCCAGAUAGAUACCUAGCUACGCUAUAUCUACUCAUCGAACUGGAGAAGCGGGUUGACUAAGUGCUGUUACACGAUACUUAAAUUUCCAUGAUGGCCUCCGCUCCCUCUGCUUCUGCCCUGUCUGCUGUUAUCCGUUGCAGGGGAAAUAUAUUUGCCAGAAACCAAGCUAACAAGAAGAGGCCUCCUCCCAGCGCCGGAUACAGCAUCGGACUCAAGUGCGUCGCAGGUAGCGAGUCAGGAGUACCUACAUGGGACAAAGAACACGUCUGGGAAGCAGGUCAGACUUUCCCAGAAUGGAAGUCGUUUUUUCUGGGACAACGCUGGGAUCGGAAUUGGGUAUAUUUAUCCAUUAAAUGGGAGCCAAGACGGAAGACCACCAAAAACAAUCACACGGAUACGUGGGCUAGAGUCGAUUACGAAGGAAGUCGAAUUCAGCAGACUGAAUCACGGUCUCAUGUGCGCGAAUCAGUCGCAAGUGUGCCGCAAAGUCAUAGACGGCAAGCAAAGAGAGAGUCCGACUGCUCACAACCGCUUUUGUUUAUUGCUGAGAUAAGAAAGUGCCUUGCAUUAAAAAACUGUGGAAACACUUUAGGGAGGGAGACUGUAUGUGGCAAGAAAGAAAAAAAUCUUUCAGACAAAUUACUUGACAUAGCCCCAUCGAAGGUUUUAUGUAUAUCGAUUAGCUACAGAUCCAGUGGAACCCACGAACAAGGAAUCGAACCGGUGACACUGUGCUGGAACGGCUGGACGACUCUAAAGAACAAAUGUCUUCUCUUGACUGCGCUUGUGUCCGAAAUUCUGCGGAUGAAAUUUGCAAUCGAGAAUGGUCGGCAGUCUGUUCCACUUGUCGUCAGAUCUUCAGUGGAAGAAAUGCAAAAGAUAAACUUGGUUGAAAGCCAAGUCGUGCCAAGCAACGGCCACAGUCCGAAGAUGAAAGAACAUUUGAGUGGCGAAAGUGAGAAUCCCACAGAGCAAAGGAUGGAGCCAGGAGGACCAGAAGAACAUGCUCAACGGGAGUAAACACCACAGUGGACUUAGAUCCUUAGCACUUCAACGUAUGAUACACCUCGGAGUACGAAAGUUACAAUAAGAAUUGCUGAAUGACAAUAGGUCUCACUGAUGUAUCCCUUUAAUACAACAUGAAUAUGGUAAAAUGGGGACUGCCCCCUUUCCAAACUCAUUUGAAGAUUAAUCUGUCAAUCUGCAAAAUUGCACUUUUGUGGGUAGUUUUCCAGGUGUACCAGUAACCAGUUUACCCAGUGUCUUGGGCUGAAACUGUUCUGGGCUCAAACCAUAUAACACUAUUCUGUGAAAACUUUCUGCCUUCUGCUUUCAGUGACAGUACUCUCAGAAAUGAAUGAGCCCCGAGAUCCUAUUUGAGAAAAAGGCAGCCUGAGGCAGAACUGUUUUCUGAUGCAGUCUUGCUGACGAUUCCUUCUUUUCACAUAUUUCCAGCAGACGGCUGAAGCCGUUAAACAGGGCAGUGUGCACAGCAACACUCAUGAUAUAAAUGUAAACAAAGAAGAGACAGGGUUCAGUGUUUGAGAACAAGGAGUGGCAAGUGGCAUGUUUUAGAGCAUUAAUUUGGACAAGAAUUAUACUUCACCAGUGUUUGGGCCAAACAAGUAAAGUGCCCAUGCUGCUUCCAUGAAGAACAUGUGGCUGAAAAGGCAGUAAAUACCUUGAAGACCUCAGGAAAAUUAGAUGUCUGAGUAGUGUUAUUGUUGCUCACUACAUUCAAGAAAACAGUCUUGCAGAUGAAAGAAGAGUACUGAUCACUUGGCAGUGUCUACAGGUCAAUAGUCAUGUGUUUUCUAUCUAGAUUAUAACUAUAUUAACUGCCUGCUGCUAGUGUUUUUAGCAGCAGGCAGUUAAUAUAGUUAUAAUCUAGAUAGUCAUGCGUUUUCUAUCUAGAUUAUAACUAUAUUAACUGCCUGCUGCUAAAAACACUAGAGUGUCAUCAUUUAUUCAUGUUAGAUAGCAAUUGAAAUGUAGAGCGUAUUGUUUUUCUUAAACUCAGAAUAUAAACACUAAGUAACUAUGGCAUGCCAAAUUGUUUGAGUUUGCUGAAGCCAAGGAUAACCCUCAGCUGUGAACUGUUAAUCACCAGGUGCACAUGGAUGAUUAAGUAUAACUAAAUUUUCUGGAGUUGUCUUGAAAUCUAUGGAAAUCGAUAGUGCAGGCUUUGUUCAUAUUACAGUGUAAAACUGGUUUAUCACAGAAAGUAUUCUAAUUUUGAACAGAAUGGAUUUGAUAUAUUUGCCAGACACUUUCAUUAUUACAUUUGUCUUGUAGAUUUUUGCAGUCAUUGUCAUAAUCAGUCUUGAAAAGGCGGUUUAAAUUUUUUAAGAUCCAUCUAAAAUACCAGCUCUUCUGUGCAGAUCAUUGGAGCUUAAGGUACAAAUUGUUCAUCGGAGAUCCGAGGUAAAGACAGCACCUGUAGGUUCUUGAAAGCCUCUGUCAGACAGGUGAAAAAAGUAAUUCAUUCUACAUAGGCCAUUCUAUAUUGUACACUUUCUGUGGGAAUAUUGUGUUAUGCAUCAUACUUUCAGUCUGUGAGAGUACUAAAGUGUACCCCGAAAAAGCAUGUUUUGUAUUUGUAUUAUAAUUAUAUUCAUAAGUUAAUUUUUCAGAAAUAUUGAACAGCCAUUUAUGGUUAACACAGUACUUUUAACUUGUCUUGAAGCCGCAUGUUGUGUUUGUUGUAUGUGACAUACAGGAAAGUUUAAGGACUGAAUUAUAAUCACACAUGUAGCAGCGUACCAACCAUAAUGAGUGCAUUUCGGUAUGGGUAUUUUUCAUUAACAACUAAAUAUAAUUUAAGAGCUAACAUUUGAUAAAGCACAGUCUGGAAUUUGAAUCACAGCACCUAUUUUACCAUACAACACUGAUAGUUCUGCAAAAAUCUACUUAUUCACCUGUUAUUUUGUAGGUGACCUUUUUUACUUAACAGCAUUCAGUGUAAUUUACAAAUAUUCAUGUGAUGUCAUGUAAUGCACUGCACCUAAUUUAGUGAUACUGUACCUUAAUUUCCAAUGCAGUAUUCUCUUUAUGCUUCCCUCAUUGAAAAACACUGUGGUAUGAUUUUUUUAAAUUCAUUGUGGGCGUGUUUUGGCUAAAAAUGGUACAGAAUUUCUGAGUGGUCACAGUUUGUUUAACCAUCUGCAUUUUGUAAGUGCUCAGUAGCUUUUUCUACUCAGGGAAAUGGGUAGCUGUACCAUAUUUAUACAGAUUUAAUGAUCUCCACCAGAUGGUGCUAGAGUGACUGGUUCAACCUGAUCAUAUCUGUCAGUAUAUUUGAGAGUCAGGGUCCCUGACAUAUGAGA